AUGCCCGGCGACGCAGCGGCCCCUGGCGGCGAAGCCAUGACGCCGCGCCGUUCGCGUGCCUCGGAGGCGGCGAAGCCGGAGGAGGGCAGUGACGCCGCCGCGGCCAACCGGGAGCCGGAGGGGCGCGGCGCCUCGGCGGCGUCGUUGCCGGCGGCCGUGCGGGGGGCUCUGGAGCUGGCCGAAGCCCGACGGAAGCUGCUGGAGGCCGAAGGCCGGCGCCAGCUGGUCUCCGAGCUGGAGAGCCGCGUCCAGCAGCUGCACCGCGUCUUCCUCGAGGCCGAGCUGCGCAUGGCCAACCGCGCCGAGAGCCUGGGCCGCCUGGGCGGCGGCGUGGCGCAAGCCGAGAUCUACCUGGCGGCGCACGGGCAGCGCCUCAAGAAGAACCUGCGGCGCUGCCAGAAGGCGCGGGCCCCGGCCCUGCUGGCCUCCGCGCUGGGACUGGGCAGCUGCGUGCCCUGGGCGGCCUGCCGGAUGCGCCGCGGCCGAGGGGGCGCGCCGGAGCCGCCCGAGUCGCCCUUCAAGAGGAGUCUGCCGGGGGCGGCGGCGGCUUCUUCGCAGCCGCCCGGGAGAGCCCGCCCUUAGGUGGGGGGACUCAGGGCACCGCCGGCUUCAGCGCCCCGAGCUGGAGCGGGGACUGCCUCUGCCAAGGGCUUUGUGUGUCCUGCCCGGCCUUGGAGGUGGGGACGUAUGCUGAGGUCGGGGGAUGAGAGUGUGUGUGUGGCUAGGGACAAUCACAUAUAUUGACUUCUAAACUUUUGUCCUGCACUUCCUCCAGGGAGCUCAGGGUAGUACGCAUCAAUCACCCCCUCUCCUUUUUGCCCUCACAACAAUCCUGUGAGGUAGGAUUCGGUUGUCAGCGUGCGACUUGGCCCUAGGUCAUCCAGCCAGCUUCCACUGCAGAGUGGGGAUUCGAACCCGAGUCCCCCAGAUCCUUGUCCAUCAUCAUAACCAAUACACUCUGCUGAUGGGUUGGAUUCUCAUUGACUCAUUCCCUCCUUGCAAACCAUUUGCAUGCCGUAAGCAAUGUCCAAUUCUCAUAGGUGACAUCAGCCUUUCCACAUGCCUGAAUCUUGUAUCCAUUUCAGAGUGGUGAGGGUAGUUUUAUGUUGACUUCCAGUCAUGCUGCCCUGUGGUGAGGUAGUUAUGAGAAGAAUCCCCAGGAUUUAGAUGCUGUCCUAACCUGAUACAGAACUUCAAAUCAAUACAGGGUUACUGCCUCUUGCUUUGUUUGCCACAGACAGAGCUGCCCAUGAGAAUUAACUUAUAUUUCCUUUAGUGUGCAAAAUUCCACCAUUCGCUUGUGGCAAAUGAAUCUAGCCUGUUUGUCAUGAGCAAGAGAGUGGGGCGCCAUUAGCUUUAAUGCAGCGGCUGGUAUGGAGUGGCUGGUAUAUCCUGUCUUCUGUUUUAAGCCCUCCUGAGAGAGAUGUUAUCAUUUGCUUUCAUCCUUGCUUGUGGCAGUAAAAUUAACGCUGUGGCACUUUACAGACUGGAUUUUUCUAAAUUCUAGAAUAUGCAUUUACGAAUUAGAGCCCAGUUCAUGAGUGGUUAUGUAGUAGAUUGUCUCUUUCUGUGUAUAGGAUCCACCUCAUACUGCAGAUGGCCGUAAAAGCGGAUUCAAAAAUUUAAAAAUGGUUAGUUUUUAAAGUACCACAACAAGACUCCAGUUGGGUUUUGCUGCAACUCUGGAGUUCAUGGCCAUGGAGGAAACCUUUGGCAGGGACCAUUGGCUCUGGGACCUCUCUGAAAUCUUCAGCAUCAGGGAUCUGGGGAGAUCCCCUUGGGAAGCAGAAGGAAAAGACCGGGUGGUGCCCGUCUGUUCUUGGGCAGUUAUUUUCUGCCCAUCUUGGAUCCAGUCCUGGCAGGUAAGAGUGUUGUGUUUCUUCAGAACCCGGAAACCUCUCAGCUUGGCUUGUGUAACAGUGACACCAAGUAGUUUUCUGUAUCCUGUUACUGUCCUUUCUAAAUGAGGUGACUGGAUGUAACAUGAGCAAGCCAAGCAGAAUGGCCCUUGUGGAGCUGGCAGCAUCACAGGGUCCAAUCACCAUGGCCUGAGUUUGAGCCCAAAGGACCUUGUGGCCCUGCUAGUACUUCAGGGGCUGCUGAACUCAGCUUGCUCCUGCCUACCAGUGGCCCAUGGGCAACUUCCUUGGUAUGCUAAAUGGCCAUUUGGCCUCCUUUCUUCUGAAACCUGACUGCAUCUGUAAAGAAGGAAACUGGUUCAUGAGGAGGAGAGCCCAUGUUAUUUGGACUUGCCUGCAUGUUAUUUGCCACAAAGCCAAGCUCAAAGAACCGGUGUUGUAGAAGGGCAGAUUUCCCACCAGAUGUUGACCUCUGUCACAUGGACUUGGUUUUCAUUGGAGACUUUCCCACUAGCUCCUACUCAAGAUUAGCACUUUAUUUGCCCUAGUUGAUGGUUGUUACAGUUUUUCAUCUGUUUCCCUUAUUCACGGAGAACUGAGUCCAAUAGGUCUUCCUUCAUUUUGUCCUCAUCCAUAUGAAACUUUCCAUUUUCAGCUAAGAAGAUUGUCUUUUGGAACUGCCCCAAGCCAGAGGCCCUCUGACUUGCCCUUCUUGCUGCUCUGUACAUGGCAUUGACUUGGACUAAGAAGAAACUCGUCCAACAAUGAUUGUAUGAUAAGUCUUCAAGGCCUCCUGAUCGCAGCUGGGCUUUCCUGCUGGUGUGAAUGUACACAGUUCAGCACUCUCAGAAACAGAUCACUUCUCAUGUUGACAAUGUUCCUGGUCACAGGAAGGCAAACGACUUUGAAUAUAAUGAGGGCUAACACACCCCUCCCUCGGCUGCCACUUGGCUGAUAGGAGCUUUAAAGCAUUUUAUAGCACUUUGGACAUUGAUGGUGACUUUUUGUUUGCUGUUUGGUUUCCACAGGGUAGUGUUUCGGUGCACAAUCGGUAAUAAAGUGCUCCUGUCCAAGUGCCGCUGCAGUGCAUGGUAGCCAUGCAUGCACAAUACAGUCCUCUUGCGUGAUCCCCAUUCACUUUGUCAAGCUUUGGACAGGAACACUAAAGGUUGUGGCCUUAGCUUGUGGCUCUGCAGCCUUUUACAAUUGAAGAGCGAAACUAGUGCAAAAUUCAGAGCAAGUGAUCAACAAUGAGCCAGUAUAAGAGAGGCCAUUUGCUUAAAUGAAAAUGUCAACAUUACUGAUAACAGACCUGUUGAUUCAUAAUCUGAAAUUUCUGCAGCCAAAACACUGGUGAUUUCAAACCCUUUGUUAAGAAAUCGCACCCACAAGGUCUCAUAAUAAGUCAUAAAUAUACACAGGUGUACCUUGCUCAAUUGCUUUAGUGCACUGGCAUAAAUCUCUGCAUGGUUUGCACUUGAAUUCCUAGCAACUGUUCAUCCACAAUCAUUCCCCUUUUGUAAAGCAUCUGCCAGAAGUCCUUCAAUCCCAUAAGAAUCUGACUGUCAUUCUCAUCACGUUCAAACAUCUAAUCAUCUUGUCCAAUAGUUUAACUUGAAGAUCUCAUUUUUUUUUAAUAUAGCCAUAUUUGGUUCAGUCCUGAGCUACAUCUGGCUCUAGAACCAGAGGUUGCAGACUCUUGCCUCAGCCUUUUUCAGCCAUCGGAUGUAUGGUAUUACAAAAAAAAAAUCCAGAAUUUGUACAUAUUGCAGUAACCAUGUUUUAAGCCAUCUCACUGAGAGAUUAGAUAGAACCAGACUUCAGAGCAGGGGUCUUUAUGCCCCAAAGAUGCUGAAAUAAAAGCUGGUGUAGGUGUUUAAUAGGAUCUGGAUAGGUGUUUGAAUUCCAUGCACAAGUACCUGCUGAUUAUAUUGUGCGAUUUAAGCAAUUCCCGCUGCAAACAGGUAGAAAUUCCCAAUUGAAUUCUGUUGCUUUGCAAGAAAAUGGAGUGGCAGGAAAGGAUGCAUGAGGAUCGGGUGUGGAGUUGGUGCUCAGGAGAUUUUGAAGAGAACAGAAAUGACGCCCUCUCACAAUCUGUAUGCCCUUUGGAUUUUUCUUAGUUGUACUAAUGUGUUUCUGAGCAUUUUAACUUCAAUCUUCAGGACUAGAAACUUGCUGAAAAUGAAAUGAAGGAAGCUAGACUUUCAGGAUUGGAAUAGAGCCACCAGAUUACACACAAUUGUUAUCAUAAAGAGAGGACAAAAAAUAGGUUAUUUGCACCUGUAGCUGAAACAAUUGGUGGUGGUGAAUUUUAAGUGUUCUUAAAUGUAAAAUUUAGAGAGAGAGAGAGAGAGAGAUGAAUAUAGGAAUCAUUUGUUAGGUCUACAAUGCAACUCAAUGCAGAAUUUUAAUGCUAAUUAAAGUCAAUUGGUGUAAUUUGGUUUAGGUUUGUUAUGUGAUACUCACAUUUUGAAUCUGCAAAAUUCAUAGAAGGUCAAAUGUACGUGACCCUUCCCAACUCUAUUACAAUGGAGUAUACAGGCACACAUGCUAAAGUCCUAGAGAAAUCUGGGGAGCUAAGGUUGCACCUUUUAAAAAAGGCUUUACUCCUGUGCUUUUUAACAGCUUUGAGAUAUAGAGGCAUUCAGCUGGUGAAGUUUCCCGGUUGCUUCUUUCCCUGCCCUGAAAAGUUUCACCCGCUAAAUUUCUUCUUGUUAAGCAUAAAAGAUUGCUUAUGACACAGGAGCUGGACCUGUAGAAAAUGAAGCAACUAUACAUGGGGGUUAAAUGCCGCUCAUUCUGUUCUGUGUUGAGAUUGGGAUCUUCAACACAGUUACCAUGGAAGAAUUCCCGCCGAAAUCUACUGACUGACUUCUGGUAGACUUGCACUAGGUAGUCUGCCUUGAGUCUUGGUGAGAAAGGCAGGCUAUAAUUUUUUUUUAAAAAAAAAAUCCAUGUGCCCAAGAGAACUUGCGCGAAGGGUUAAGUCAGUAAUAAGGUUCCCAUAAGACACCUCUGGAACGUACCAUAAAAGAUCCUCAGAGGUGCCACGUAUAUUUCAUUAUGAUGCAAAUAGGAAUACGUGUGGUUUUGUUCUUGGAGAAUGGGCAGGUGCUGAACUUUAGGGGGAGGACCAAGGAUCAGGAACCAGGUCCAGCUGCCUCACAACAGGUUUUAUUAUUAGUUUUUAUUUUAAGUAAAGUCACAAUUGGUUACAAGACUGCCAAAGACUGGACAAAUAAAAGCUUGCUCUUCAGGCGCUUUUUUAAAAGGGUGAACUGUUGACUGCUGGAGGAAAGAGUAUAUCUUACGAUUUUUUUUAAAAAAAGAACCGCUGAUGUGUGUGCUGCAUUGCACUUCCAUGAGUGACAGGAACUACCUGAAUGCGGAAGAGAGACAGCUGGUCUGUUAUGUAAUCUCUGCCUCCUGGAUGUUUCUGAUGAAUGAAUCCGGUUGCUGCUUUGCUCAGGCUCAGUGGGAAUGAAUGUACAAACUUCUGUUGCAGGCACCUGCU